CCUCAAGUCCUGCUCUCUGUCUCCGGUUGUCAUUCAAAAGAGUGAUGUGAUCCAUCCCUCCCUUCCCAACUCAUCUUCUGCUUCAUCUCCUCUCCCAAACUUCCAUUUUCAGUCUGCGCUUUCCUUUUUACAACCCAAGACCGUGGAACACUGUUGUAUGGCAAAAAUGUUGUGCCUCUUAAUAAUUGCGACGAUUAUGCUUAUUGUUACAGAGCUCCUAAUAAUCAAAUGUCUCAUGGAGGUAUAUUUGUAACUCUUGGAAACCUUUCAUAUUCCCCACCUAACCCAAAUUUCAUUCUUUCGGACUUCUUUGGCCCUGAUCUUUUUGGCGUUCCAUUGUCACCCUUAGUAACUUCGUGGACCAUGAAGCCUGCAGGGACUGAUGGUAAGCUUUGCCAAAUAUUCCCCCGUGCUUUAGCUCCGAAGCCUCCUCCUCUCACAGUUGCGCCUCCGUUACUCGUUUGGGACGACCAUAACAAAGAUGAGGAUUCUUCUGCUCCAACUCCACGGAGGCGCAGGCGGUUCGAUGGAACCGCUGCUGAGACCCGUCUUCAACGAAUGAUCAGGAACCGGGCAGCUUCCGAAAGGACAAGGAUCCGAAGGAAGGCCUACGAUAGCCAACUCAUGGCUGAAAUUACAUUUCUCAGAGAGGAGAACAAGAAAUUGAAGCAAAAGGAGAAGGAGCUUCUCGAGGCUUCAGAGGCAGCCCGUCCUUUGUACCAGAAGAUCAGGCGGUCUUUCAGCGCUCCUUUUUAAGGAGUAUGACCAUGGGUCAUUGCCUCAUUGGUUGACUAGUGUGUCUGACUCUGUUACUUUUCUUUUAUGUUAAUGUUAUGAGGUUGUUUUCUUGAGUUUCUAAUGUUUUUGAGUAAGAGGUUCAGUAGAAAUCUUAGCUGUUUAGCUUUUCGUUUACCUCAAAGAAAAGAGAAGAGGAAGAGAAAGUGUUUUGGGGGUUAAAUGCUUUUGUAAAUGAGUUUAUGCCUCUGUCUAGGAGCAGCAGUUCAUUUCACUUUUAUUAUGUACA